CGCAACGACAUGGCUUUGGCGUCUUGUUUCCGCAGGGUACAGCCAACGAAGAGCUCCUGCAAAGCGGUGGUUGUUCUGGCCUUGUGCUGCCGAGUGGUCGCUCUAGCUCCAUCUGCUUUUCAUCCCACGAGAAUAAAUACCCCUUCAAUUGCACCGCUUUCAGCAUACAAAUGGAAACAUGCGCAGCAACAGCAACCUCGGAUGUUGGCGGAUAUGGACAGCAGAGCGGGUUUCCUUCGAACAGCAGCAGCGGCGGCAAUAGGAGGGGCAGCGCUGGUGGUUUGUGGGGGAUCGCAACCAUCCUCGGCAGCGGAAGUUGCGGCAACCGAGUUCGUGGACUUCGAGGAUUCGCGCGGGCUGUUCAGCUGCCGCAUCCCCAAGAACUUUCUGCGGGCAGAGCGCGCCAAGGACAAACGGGGGACGGUAUUCGUGGCCGGCGACUACAGCAAAGCCGAAGUGUUGUCGGUCCAAGUGGUGAAGACCUUCGACCUUUUGACCGAUGCAGGCCUGCCUACGAUAGGAGACCUGACCAAGUGGGAGAACGUGGGCAAGCCUGCGGCGAUCGCGGAUCUGCUCAAGCAGAGAAGGGAUUCUGACGCGGCGGGGGGAACUCCGGUGGAGAGCGUCGUCCUUCCCGGGGUGACACUGGAUGGAGACGUUCUGCAGUUUAUGCUCAAGUCGCCGAUCAAGGUGAUGCGGGCCGACCUGUUGGAGAAGGAGCAAGGGGUGAGCGAGCUGUACCGGAACACGUACGUCAAGGCCAUCAUGCGCGGCGACGGCAGCUUUCUCGUUGUCUGGGCAGGCGCGCUGAACACGGAUUGGGAUCAAGAAGGGGGCGCUAAGGACCGCCUGAAGGUGGCCACUGACUCCUUCCGACUGGAGGGCCUCAUCGUUGAUGGCGUGCGUCUGGGGGCUGUGUGA